AUGUCCAUCUGCAAGCAUGAAUAUUUCCGAAGUUUUGACUGCUUGCUUAAUGGGGUUGUGGGGGCUCAUCGUGCUGGGAAGAAAGCUCCUUCUGCCUCAUUUACUUGUGGCCGCUGUGAUACCGAAGUUCUCGUUGAGAUCUCUGAAUACGAAAACGAAUUGGCUCUGGUAAUCACAAAGUGGAUUAACCUAGGCGCUGGCUUGACCCCGGAUGACCCUCAAUGGAGGAAACAUCAUGAUCCCCGACGUGCAACCAUGAUACGUAGCUCCAACAAACGAGGCAAGCGCAAGGCUAGUGCCGUAAAAGCCAGUGCUCGAGCCUGUUUCGAAAGUGCGUCACUGGACAGCCUACGGUCUCACAACAUUGCCUAUCUCAAAGACCAGCGAUUCAAAAAAUCCAUGAUCUACAAACCCAACAUGUUUGAUGGACCUACUUGGUACCUGUACAAACAUCGAUCGAUCAGUCGCUGGUCAGGAUUAUCCGCAUUCUGCAUCUAA